CGAAACCCAAAAACCCUAUCCCAGAGCUCGAGCUAAACCUUCUAUCUUCGUCUCUCUCAUCAACAUCCUCUCCAAAACAGCAACAUACCCAGAUUUAGUGAGAACCCAUUUCAACAAGCUGUCGAGAUUAGAAGGUUGACGUGUUAGCAUCAUGGCUGGGGCGCCAAUCGAGGAGUGGAUACCUCGAACGCAAAGUGAAGCAGAAGAAAUCCCCAAUUACGGGAAAGUGAUGAAGGAUCAGCUGUGGGCAUGUGCCAAGUCCACAACCAUGGCAUAUUUCUGGAAAGAAAUUGUUCUGAUGAAGCAAUUGGAUCCCAAGGCUUAUGACUGGUUAAAUGAUCCUAGAAGACCAGCUAAGCAAUGGUCCAGGUCUCACUUUGGAACAACUCUGAAAUGUGAUGUUCUCCUCAACAAUCUCUGUGAAAGCUUCAAUGCUUUCAUUUUGCCAUCGAGAGCCAAACCUGUAAUAUCUUGCUUUGAAGAUAUCAGGAUUAAGAUGAUGAAGAGGAUUGCCAUGAGGAAGGAAAAAAUCAGCAAAGUUGUGGACACUAUCGGCCGCAAGUCUAGGGAAAUUUUGGAAAAGAAUAAAGUUAAGUCAGACACAGAUUGUAUUCCUUAUGGUUCUGGAAGUCCUCAGAUUGAGAUAGAGAGCAUUGGAGGAAGCAGAUAUAUAUAUAGUUGA